GGCAAUACCACAAGUCCACAACCAUUCUCCAAUAUUUCUUACGUCCUAGCUAUUACUCUCUUCUUUGAAUUAUCGAUCAAUUCCCAUUAUGGCGGAUGCACUCAUUUCCGUGCUUCUUGAACAACUGGCUUCACUAACUUAUGAGUUAAUAAAAGGGCAGGUGACAUUGGUUUUGGAUGUGGAGAAAGACGUUGCAGAGUUCAUCAACAAUCUCAGAGCAAUCCAAGCUGUACUUGAGGAUGCAGAGAAGAGGCAAGUGAAGGAAGCUGUCGUGCGAGAUUGGUUGGACAAGCUCAAAGAUGUCUCCUACAAGAUGGAUAACGUGGUUGAUGAGUGGAACACGGAAAUUCUGAAACAGCAAGUUGAGAAACAAGAAAAUGAAGGUGAAAAUGCUCUUGUUAACAAGAGAAAGGUGCGUUUCUCCAUUCCCUCUCCCUGUAAAUGCUUUGGUUUCGGCCAAGUCAGUCGGGUUAUUGUUAAUCGUGCUAUUGCUCUGAAAAUAAAAGAACUGAAUAGUAGGCUAACUUCGAUUGCUGAGGAAAGAACAAGGUACCACUUUCAAUCCACAACAACAAGUGGCAUUGAACAACCUGAACGACCAAAGAGUUCAUCUUUGGUCGAUGUUUCUAACAUAUUUGGUAGAGAAGAUGAAAAGGAAACCUUGAUUAGCAUGUUGUUGGGUAAGAGUAGCGGUAAAGAAGGGAGGGGCCCCCUAGUCAUCCCUAUUAUAGGGAUGGGGGGCAUAGGCAAGACCACUCUUGCACAACUAGCCUACAACAAUGAACAUGUUAAAGCCCAUUUUCAGAAGAGAAAAUGGGUUUGUGUCUCAGAUCCUUUCGAUGGGAUCAAGAUUGCCAAAACCAUCAUUGAUAAGAAUGAUACCCCAACUUCAGAUGAGUUGGAAGAUUUCAUGCAAUCUGUGUCUAAAUCUGUCGGGGGAAAGAGGUUUCUUCUUGUCCUAGAUGACAUGUGGACCGAAGAUGAUACAAAGUGGGAACCAUUAAGGUUAGCUUUAAUGUCUGGUGCUGAAGGCAGUAGAAUAUUAGUGACCACACGAAACGAAUCAGUUGCUCGUAUGAUGGGAGCAACCACUCAAAUUAUCCAUUUGGAAAAGUUGAAUGAUCAGCAUUGUUUCUCAUUAUUCUAUCAUCUUGCAUUUCUAAAUAGGGAAAAAGAUAAGUCUGAUUUGUUUGAAGUCAUUGGUAAGGAAAUUGUUGAGAAGUGUAAGGGUUCGCCACUUGCUGCAAAGACUUUAGGUAGUCUUAUGUGGAAUAAGAAAACAACGAAAGAAUGGUGUGAUGUUUUGGAGAGUGAGAUAUGGGAUUUAGAAGAGGUUGAGAAGAAAAUUUUUCAUCUGUUAUUACUAAGUUAUUAUGAUUUGGGAUCAGAAAUCAAGCGUUGUCUUAUAUUUUGUGCAUGUUUUCCACAAGAUUAUGAAUUCGAUAAAAACACAUUGAUUGAGAUGUGGAUGUCACAAAAUUAUCUCAACUCAAAAAAAAACAAGGAGAGGAGAACCAUAGGUCAAAAUUAUUUUGAUAACUUAGUAACGCGGUCUUUUUUUCAAGACUUUAAAUUAGAUGUUAAAGGGAACAUUGAAACUUGCAAGAUGCAUGAUAUUGUGCAUGAGUUUGUAAAGUUUCUUGCCCGGAAUGAAUCUUUGAUUAUUGAGGCUGAUGGUGCUAACCGAUCAACAGAGCUCUCAAUUGAUAAGGUGUGCCAUUUAUCUCUAGUGUCAGUAGAGACUGUAGAGGGUCGAAUUUCAGUUCCUAUUUCAUUUCACAAAUGCACAAAUCUGCGAACCCUCACAACUUAUAAUUCAGAAAUCACAACAAUGGGUGGGGAUUUAGUUUUGCAAUUGAAAUGUCUUAGGACGUUAAAUUUGAGUGAUAGCGAGGUCGAUGAACUUCCCAAGGAGAUUGGUGAACUGUUACAUUUGAGGUAUAUUGAUUUGUCUCAUAAUAACAGUCUAGAGGAAUUACCUGACGCCAUGUGUAAUUUGUUCAAUCUUGAAACCUUGCACAUUGAGUAUUGCGAAUCACUUACAAAACUGCCCAAGGCUAUGGGAAAGUUGAUCAACUUAAAGCAUCUUUAUGUUGCUGAAUGUGAUGAGCUAAAGUACUUGCCGAAAGGGAUUGGGAGAAUAAGAGGUCUACGUAUACUAGAUAGGUACACUGUUGUAUGUGGUGGUGGUGGUGACGACGACGACAAUGAAAUACUGAGGUUGGGAGAUCUGGCAAUCUUUGACCAGCUUCAGGGCAAGAUUGUAAUUCGAGAUUUGGGGGAAGUGAUCGAUGCUAGUGAGGCUCAGAAAGCACAAUUGGAGAAGAAGAAACACCUCCUUGAUUUGGUAUUAGAUUUUGGUGGAGGAGAAGAGGAGCGCCGAAGAAAAAGCGAUGUAGAGGUACUGAAUGCCUUGCAACCACAUCAAAAUUUGGAAUAUUUGGGGAUUUCUGACUAUGAAGGCACCACGGUGUCUCCAAAAUGGUUGAUGUCUUUACACCAUUUGAGAUUUCUUACUCUUAUGUCCUGCAUGAAUUGUGAAUGUUUGCCUCCUCUGGGGAGAUUACAAUCUCUUGAAGUUCUGAGAAUAGAAGGCAUGAGAGUGGAAAAGGUUGGAAUUGAAUUCUUAGGUAUAGAAGAAACUCAAACAUCACCUGUUACUGCUUUCCCAAAAUUGGAAAAACUCUCCUUUCUGACGGUGGGGUGGAAAGAGUGGGAAGGAGUGCGAGGUUGCAUGGAAGAAGAUUGUCAAGUUGCAAUAAUGCCGCAUCUUUCUGACCUACACAUCGAGUCAGCAAGCCUGAAACAACUGCCAGACUUCCUGCAGAAUAGACCACACCUCAAUUUGACGUGGUCACGAAGGGACUGGUUGAUCUUCGAACUCAACAAAUGGAUUGCCAGUUUAAUCUCCAGCCCGGAAGUUGCUUCGGAGCAGCGGAACAUGCAGUCUAGGGAUCGCGCAGGCGGAAAAUGCUUCUAGCCCGAUGUAUCAAGGUUGUGAGCUUAAUUUGAGACACAAGAUUCCUAUUUUGUGUUCAAGAUUCAAUUUCAGUCGAUCAAUCCCUCCCUAUGAUGUUCCAUAACAGAGGACCUCUACCAAAUCUCAUCCUCUCCUUCUGAAAGAAAGCAACAAUUGUUCUGGAUUUGAAAUUAAGUUACAUAAAGUAUUGAAAGUGCCAUUCUGGGGACCUUGAUGAGACCUAAAAGCUGUAGCAUUUGGAGUCAGGACCUCAGACCUUUGCUCUCGUCUCAUUGGGUAUGUAGCACGAUGGAAAGACAGCCAGUUAAACUUGCAACGGAUUGCUAUGGUGUGGACUGUUAUAUAUAAUAUCCUCUGCAGGGCGGGUCAACAGAUUCUCCUGUUCAGUUCAUCAAAACUUGGGGGUUAUUAUGUACAACAGCAGUAGAGUUGUCGGGCAUUGCAUACUUGAAACUGCUGUUGAACAAUUACUGAUGAGGAUUAUUGGAAGCAGUGAUAGUUUGGCUCUCAUUUGACGAUGAUAAUGAGCCUGUAGGGAUCGUUGCAUAUGUUGUGAGAAUUGGCCUCAAACAUGGAGACCGCCUCCUGCUUGUGUGCUUAAAGAUUGUCAGGUGGCUAUGAAUGUGAUUACAGAGGCUGUAGUGUGCUAUGCUCCGGAAGGUGCAUUCUGGAGGAAGUGAACAGCUUGGGGGCAUUUCUAAUAAGUUCAGUCCAUCUUGUAUUAUCCUUGAGAUGCAGCAUCUCAAUCACCUCAUCAAUCACCUACAAUAGGGUAGCUGCUACACAGCCAAUUAGCUGGAUGCCACAGACUCAUUCAAGGUUGAAAUUGAAUGAAGAUGGAGCUUGUGAUGUUCCAUGGGGAAGAGUUGGUAUAGGAGCAGUUGUGAGGGAUGGGGAAGGGAAGUUGAAAGCUGCAUUACUAUAUUCUUCCACAAGCGGUAUCUCACCUCAUGCUACUGAAGCCUUGGCGGCAUUGUAUGGAAUGAGGGGCAAGCACCCUUUUGGGUGCUCAAACCACAAUGAAGCUAGAAGGACCAAUAAGUAGUGUUGUCAAAGGCAAACUUGAGGCACUCCCCAGUGUGAGGCCACCGGAAGUUGCCUCGGAGCGGUGGAACAUGCAGUCUAGGGAUCGGGCAGGCAGAAAAUGCUGAUGAAGCCCAAUGUAUUAAGGUUGUAAGCUCAAAUUGAGACACAACAUUCCUAUUUUGUGUUGAAGAUUCAAUUUCAAUCGAUCAAUCCCUCCCUAUGAUGUUCCAUAACAGAGGAGCUCUACCAAAUCUCAUCCUCUCCUUCUGAAAGAAAGCAACAAUUGUUCUGGAUUUGAAAUUAAGUUACAUAAAGUAUUGAAAGUGCCAUUCUGGGGACCUUGAUGAGACCUAAAAGCUGUAGCAUUUGGAGUCAGGACCUCAGACCUUUGCUCUCGUCUCAUUGGGUAUUUAGCAUAUGGAAGGACUGCCAGUUAAACUUCCAACGGAUUGCUAUGGUGUGGACUGUAAUGACCCUGAUAUCAUCCUCUGCAGGUUGUAAGCUAAAUUUUGUUUUGAAGAUUUCAAUAGUAAUCUGUUUCCUAUAUCUGUUUCUUUAUUUUUAUAUGUCAAUCUCUGCAAUUGAGUUUCAGACCAAAAUAAAAAAGAAAAAUACAAAUCUGUGUGGAAAGUGACAAGAUGGAAUAGCAGGGCUAGUGGACAUAUUCUUCUGCUCAAAUCAUCAAAACUUGGUUAUUAUGUACAACAGACGUACCGUUGUCAGACGUUGCAUACUUGAAACUGCAGUCGAACUAUUGCUGGUGUGAGUUGGUAAUCAUUUUCUU